AUGACAACGCUCCUGUUCACGGCCGAACCAGCCAGCACCGUGAUGCGGUUGCUCGACUUCGGAGAAGCCUCGUCAGGAGGCCUGUUGACGCGCCUGCCGGUGGAAGCUUCAGCGGCGGUCAACACAUCGUCACUGUCCCUCACGUUUGGUCAUUUCAACGACUCCUUCUUGUUCGACCCAGACUUCGGACUGUUGGUGGGCAGGAAGGCGGGCAGUGGAAGCGAUGACAAUGUGGGCCUCAUCGUGGGAGUGGUUGUGGCCGUGGCAGUGGCAGUGGCGUUCGUGGGCGUGGUGAUCGCGGGUGGCCUUGGUGUGGCUUGGUGGCAAGGAAGGCGAAGGACUCUCAAGGCCGUGAACUUUGGUGUGGAACAAGUGGAGGAGUCCUUGUAG